AUGAUCUCCACGGUUCUCCUCUGGAUGGUGCUCAUUGCCUUCAUCUCAUUCACCAUUGGAGGAAAUGUGCUGGUGUGUUUGGCAGUAUGCACCAGUCGUCGCCUCCAUCGCAUCAGUAACUGCUUUGUGGUGUCUCUGGCUGUAACAGAUCUGCUGCUUGGCUUGCUGGUCCUUCCUCUCUCGGCUAUACUCGAGCUGAAUAGUGGGCAUUGGCCACUUGGAGGCACGUUUUGCAACAUCUAUCUUUCUUUUGACGUCACACUGUGCGCAUCGUCCAUUUUCACCUUGCUGGCUAUCAGCGUGGAUCGUUACCUGGCCAUCUCAGCACCACUCAGCUACACCAGCAGACUCACUCCGAGACGAGCAGCAGCUGCUAUCGGGUUUAUUUGGAUCAUCUCACUGAGUAUAGCCUUUGUACCCAUUCACAUGGGAUGGAACACUGCAGAGUUUAAGGUGCCGAACCAGGACUGGAGCUUGGAGGGUGUGGGAGGAGAAGGACCGACCUGCCGUUAUGAAUGGAACAAUAACUUUGUGCUGCUGACCGCUUUUGGGAUUUUCUUUCUCCCCCUGCUGGUCAUGUGCGGAAUGUACCGUCGUAUAUUCUGGGUGGCACGUGAGCAGGUAAAUCGUAUCCGUGCUGCUACCCCUACAUUCACUCGGUCAUCAUCUGCAUUGACCACACUGAGAGAGCACAAAGCCACAGUGACCCUGGCUUCAGUGCUCGGUGCCUUCAUCAUUUGCUGGAUGCCAUACUUCCUCUACCUCAUCUACAUGGGUCUGAGACGUGAGGUCAGGCCCCCUGAGCUGGCCCAUUCUGUCGUGCUCUGGCUGGGUUAUUUUAACUCGGCCCUGAACCCCAUUCUGUACCCGACCCUGAACCGUGACUUCAGACGUGCCUACUCUCAGCUGCUGCACUGCAAGAACAUACAGAACCAUCUAAGAAGCUCACUAAAAGAAACAAGUAAUAUUGUAACGCUAAACAAAUUAGUGCUGCAGACACAUCUUAAUCAUUGA